UUGAACACGUGACCUCAUCCAUAGCCACUCCCUCUUACACACAGACACGCGCGCGCGCACAGUUGCUGCUUCUCGCACACACUCAGACACUCGGCCGCACGGAAAAAUAAGAACAAUGGGUGUCGAAGUCGAGACAUUAAGACCUGGAGAUGGAAAGACUUUUCCAAAGAGAGGGCAGAGAGUCCAGGUGCACUAUGAAGGAAGGCUGACAAAUGGAAAGAUGUUUGACACCUCCAGGUCACGAGGACAGCCUUUUGUUUUUAAGAUUGGAUAUGGUGAAGUCAUUCGUGGUUGGGAUGAAGGAGUAGCUAAGAUGAGUGUUGGAGAGCGGGCAAAGUUGACCUGCUCACCAGACUUUGCGUAUGGUUCUGAAGGAUGCUCUGAUGUCAUCCCUCCCAACGCCACACUCAUCUUUGAUGUUGAGCUCCUGGGGUGUAAGGAUUAAACACUUGUUUGUUUUUAUUCAACCCACAUCUUUGACAAAAAUAAGCGUUCUGUGAGUAGCUUUGAUAAAUACAGUGGUGUUGUGAUAUAAUUUAAUGAACUGUCCAGAAAUUCUAAAUCAGGUGGUGUUUCUAAGAUUGCAGAAACUAAUAAUAAAUAUUACUUUCUUUAAAAAGACAACCCUUUUUUGCUGACAUUAGGUCAUAUCAUAAUAAGAACUCUGAUGAUUAGCCUCCAGGUAUCUGUAACGAUAACUUGUUUGCCAAUCUGUGUCAAGUACUUGCCAAAAUGCAAACUGAUUUAAGACUAGUUUUAUACCACACCUGCUCCGUCCGUAGUCGGAGCUUCAUUUUUGUGCAGCAACAGUUACUGUUUGUUGAAGUUUUAAGUUUUUUUGUUUUUGGUUGUUUUUUUGUUGUUUUUUUUUUUUUUUUCAAUUUUGGGAAGGUACUGAUUUUUUUCACUCAAUCACUCGGCAUAGGAUUAUAUGGUUGGCACACAAUGUUGCAGGGUGUUAGGUUUGUAUCUUUUCCAAAUUAUUGUGUUAAAUGACUGUCUUUUCAGCAAACCAUGUACCAUGUCUUAAAUUUUGUAUUCAAAAGUUUGAAAACUAUAGAUUAAUAAUGGUUCAUUAUUUAAAUAAUUUCUUGUGUAACAUUUUGACAAACAGCCAGUGCUUGAACAGAACAAUUUUUAAGAAGACUUGGUCCUUUUGUACAUUUGGAAAAGCUAGAUAUUCCUAACCAUGUUUCAUUUUUACACCUCCUGCUUUAACUAUUAUAUGAUUUUUUUUUUUUUUUUUUAAAUAAUCCUGCAAUUACUGUUUUGGCCUUGGUUACAUUACAGCCUGAAGUGCUUAUGACUAGUGUCACAAUUCUAUAUGUUAAGGUUUUGUUUUGGUCUUUUUUUUUUUUUUUACUUUUGGGGUAUUGCGUUAAUUCUUUAUUCAUUCCAUUAGAAACUGUGGGUGAUACAUCUCUGCAUUAAAACAAGUUGAAAAUUG